AUGGAGCAGUACGAGAAGCAGGAGAAGAUCGGGGAGGGCACGUACGGGGUGGUGUACAAGGCGCUGGACAAGGCCACCAACGAGACGAUCGCGCUCAAGAAGAUCCGCCUCGAGCAGGAGGACGAGGGCGUCCCGUCCACCGCCAUCCGCGAGAUCUCUCUCCUCAAGGAGAUGAACCACGACAACAUCGUCAGGUUACAUGAUGUUAUCCACAGCGAGAAGUGCAUAUAUCUUGUCUUCGAGUUCUUGGAUCUGGACCUGAAGAAGUUCAUGGACUCAUGCCCGGAGUUUGCUAAGAAUCCCACUUUGAUUAAGUCAUACCUCUACCAGAUACUCCGUGGUGUUGCUUACUGCCAUUCUCAUAGAUUUCUUCAUCGAGAUUUGAAACCUCAGAACUUAUUGAUAGAUCGGCGUACUAAUACACUGAAGCUUGCAGACUUUGGUUUAUCCAGGGCAUUUGGAAUUCCUGUCCGUACAUUCACUCAUGAGGUAGUGACAUUAUGGUACAGAGCUCCAGAAAUUUUGCUUGGAGCGAAACGGUAUUCGACACCAGUUGAUGUAUGGGUACUAGGCACACCAAAUGAACAAAGUUGGCCAGGAGUCAGUUGUUUGCCUGACUUCAAGACUGCUUUCCCCAGGUGGCAGGCUCAGGACCUGGCAACAAUUGUCCCAAACCUUGAACCUGCUGGUUUGGACCUUCUCUCGAAAAUGCUUCGAUAUGAGCCAAGCAAAAGAAUCACAGCUAGGCAAGCACUUGAGCAUGAGUACUUCAAGGACCUUGAGAUGGUACAGUGA